AUGUCCCGAGCACCAGAUCGCACCUUCUCCUUUGAUGACGACGACGAAAUAGCUCUCGACGCAAACCGGAGAAACUACCUUUCACAGGACAACAAUACCUUCCGAGAAGCGCAGCCUUCCCCUCCUCCAGGCUAUACAGACUCUCCGACCAGACUCUACAAUGAUCGUCCACCUUCACCUCCAGCUCAUCGAUAUACGCCUUACCAACCCCCCCAACCCACCGGCCCUAUCGACUCUCAAACGGCCCGCCCUCGGAUUGCAGUAAACACUAGACAAGCCCGAGAGGGUGCUUACGGUAGUCGGGACCUGGGUCACUCCGCCUCGAACCGGACCGCAUCAACAAUAACCCCGGGAGCUGACAACUGGGGGGAUAGAGCUGUUGGCGGUGGAAUGACAGGUAUCGCUUUGGGCGUUGCCAAUACGAACGAACGGGAAAGUGGUAUAGAAGCAUUACGAUCGCUGGACGGCACACAACCAGCUAGAGGUCUUCCACCAGAGCGCUACGACACGAUGCCGUCAGAUACGCCAAAUAUACCUGCUCCCCUAUUCCAUAGUCGCGAUCCAUUCACCUCGCCAGCUCUCUCAGGCAGGUCUAAUCCCUUUGAAGAUGAAAGAGGUGACAUUUCACCUUCACCUGGAGAUCUCACUCCUCGGGGCUACCCUUCUACGCACAGUAUUCCCAUGAAUGAUGGCGAUGAUUAUGGGGCACCACCAAUAAAGCCAAGGAGGUCGAUGCUAGGUCUCAACGGCGAAGGUGCGGCGACUGCAGCUGGAGGUGCUGCUGCCACCGGAGGAAUCUUGGGGGCGCUGGGAGGUCUUGUCGGAAAGACCGCUGCUGGUAGCAACGGGGCACGGGACCCUUCUGGUCAAUACGGUGCUGUGCCUGGAUCAUCCGGACCCGGCGUUGAUGACGGCGUUGAGAAGAGCGCUUGGCUCAGCAAGCAGACCUCUGGAAGGAGAAGAUUGCAGUGGAUUGUGGGCACCAUUGUUGUUUUGGCAAUUAUUGGUGGAAUAGUUGGCGGAGUGAUUGCUGCGUUGCGCAGCCGCAGUUCUAGCAGCUCUGAUUCCUCAUCCUCCGGCCAAUCCUCUGGACCGACCGAUAGUGAUUUGGAUAUGAACUCACCAGAGAUCAAAAAGCUGAUGGAUAAUUCUAAUCUCCACAAGGUCUUUCCAGGAAUGGACUACACACCAUUCAACGCGCAGUAUCCUGCGUGUUUGACCAAUCCUCCCAGUCAAGAUAAUGUCACGAUGGACAUCGCUGUGCUGUCGCAGCUUACCAACGCCGUUCGAUUAUAUGGAACCGACUGUAACCAGACGCAGAUGGUUCUCCAUGCCAUCGACAAAUUAUCACUCCCGGAUAUGAAAGUCUGGUUAGGCGUAUGGCUGGACAACAACAGCACAACCAGCAAUCGCGGCCUCGAUGCUAUGUAUCAAAUCAUUUCUCAGUACGGCGCCAGCCCUUUCGCUGGAGUCAUCGUUGGGAACGAGGUUCUUUACCGCAAAGACAUGACAGAGACACAGCUGAGCGAUCUCCUCGGAGGCGUCAAGACGAAUUUCACAAAUCAAAAAAUUGACCUUGAUAUCGCCACCUCAGAUCUAGGUGAUAAUUGGAUCGCGGCCCUUACCGACAACGUUGAUUAUGUCAUGUCGAACAUCCAUCCGUUCUUUGCAGGUGUUGCGGCGGAAAUAGCAGCUGGCUGGACUUGGGAUUUCUGGCAGGAUUUUGAUACAGUCCUGACCAAUGGGACGACGAAGCAGAAUGUCAUCUCUGAGACCGGUUGGCCGAGUGGAGGUGGUACGGAUUGUGGAGAGGCCAGUACCUGCGUCAAUGGUAGUGUGGCGGGUAUUGAUGGGAUGAACACCUACAUGGAUACCUUCGUUUGUCAAAGUCUAACCAAUAAGACGAACUACUUCUGGUUCGAAGCUUUCGAUGAGCCAUGGAAACAGAGUCUCAAUACGCCUGGCAAGGAAUGGGAAGACAAAUGGGGUUUGAUGGAUCCGGGUCGAAAUUUGAAGCCUGGAUUGACCAUCCCCAAUUGUGGAGGCCAGACUGUCACGUAG